CCCCCCUCGAAGAGCUGCGCGGUUGGAGCGGCCAGGGGUGGGCUGUUCCCGCCGCACGCUCCCGGCCAUUACGGCCCCGGGGGUAGCGGAGCCCGGGAGAUGACCUGCUACCCGGGCUUCGUAUGCGGCUGCCGUUGCGCAGCCAGCCGGGCGGCCGCCCUGCGCUCCCUGCUGAAAUACCAAGCAGCGGCUGCGGCUUCGCCUCUCCUGGCCGGGCUGCUGCUGCCCGGCGGGCUCCAGCGGCGCCUCCUUACGCGCAGCCGGCUGAGCCCGGCCGAGUCGUUACUCCCCCCCUGCGCCGCCGGGUUCCCACCCCAGCGACUCCUCCAGCAAGAGAGCUCAGGCUCGCCCGGACCCGGACCCUUCGCCCUGGGCCAGCAGAGCUCUUCUGGGUUCGCCCUGUCGCGGCUGGAUCAGCGGCGGGGGAGGAGCGCGGGUAGCGCGGGGCUCCCCUGUGGCGGUGGGUUCCGCCCCACCCGGGUCGUGGUGGUGGCCAAGACCACCAGAUACGAGUUCGAACAGCAGCGCUACCGCUACGCGGGGCUCUCGGAGGAGGAUCUCAAACAGCUGCUUGCAUUGAAGGGAUCUAACUACGGUGGACUACUGGAGCGACAUUAUAUUCAUACAAAAAAUGUGGAGCAUGUUGUAGACAGUUUACGGAAUGAGCAGAUCGAGGUCCGUCUUGUUAAACGCCGAGAAUAUGAUGAAGACACAGUUCGAUGGGCAGAUGCUGUUAUAUCAGCAGGAGGUGAUGGUACAAUGUUGCUGGCAGCUAGUAAAGUCUUUGACAGAUUUAAACCAGUUAUUGGAGUAAAUACUGAUCCAGAAAGAUCUGAAGGCCAUUUGUGUUUGCCUGUACGAUAUACACACUCCUUUCCAGAAGCAUUACAGAAGUUUUAUCGUGGUGAGUUCAGGUGGCAAUGGCGGCAGCGAAUCCGGAUGUAUCUUGAAGGAACUGGUAUUAACCCUACCCCUGUAGAUUUGCAUGAACAGCAGUUAAGCCAGGAGCAGCACAGCAGGGCCCACGUUAAUGGAAGAUUCCAUGAUCAAAGAUCUGAAGUUUCUGGACCACAUCUUUUGCCAGUGAGAGCACUAAAUGAAGUCUUCAUUGGAGAGUCUCUCUCAUCCAGGGUGAACUAUAAGUCCUGCAAACCCAGUUUUAAAUUCUCGCUUCAUAGGGCCUCCUACUAUGAGGUAUCAGUUGAUGAUGGUCCAUGGGAAAAGCAGAAGAGUUCAGGGCUCAAUGUAUGCACUGGAACAGGAUCAAAAGCCUGGUCCUAUAAUAUUAACAAGGUGGCAACCCAGGCUGUUGAAGAGAUCCUUAAGAUUGCUAAAAAGCAUGAGAGCUUGAAUCUUCCUUUGAGCAGGGAACUAAUACAGAAAGUAACAAAUGAAUAUAAUGACUCCCUGCUGUAUAGUCCAGAAGAACCAAAGAUGUUUUUCAGUAUUCGAGAGCCUAUUGCAAACCGGGUUUUUUCAAGUAGUCUGCAGCGUGGGUUCUUUUCAAAGGUUUGUGUCCGGUCACGUUGUUGGGAUGCCUGUAUGGUGGUAGAUGGAGGAACUUCUUUUGAGUUUAAUGAUGGGGCAAUAGCUUCAAUAUUGAUCAAUACAGAAGAUGCAUUGCGCACUGUUUUGCUAGAAGAAUGAAGAAAUUUAAUACAGUCUGUUGAAAUCCUACUAAAUCCUGCACCUGGAAAAGGGAAUCACUGCAGAGAUAGACAGUACAUCAGAAUGCUGCAUUAUUUUAAGUUGGAAAAUUUGCUUCUCUUGAUGCAAGAAUAUUGAGAAGAGACCUGAAAUCAUUUCCCAUUCCUGGGAUGGGGAAAUCUUGGAAAAAAACUGUUUUUGAGCUUUAUUGCACCUGACACAAAGGAAAUGUAUCUAACUUCAGUGAAAUGUGAUUUUUUUUAACCUUUUAAGAUGAAUGUGACAGAACACUUUUUAAAAAAAAUUAGGUAGAUGGGUUCAAAUGAAAUAAAGUGGUUAGCCUUGAAUAUUCAACUGUACAGUUUUUUUAAUAGCAGUCUGGAACUGAAUGAACCAGACACCUCAAUCCUGCAUAUACUUUUACAGGAAAGUAUGGUAAGAUUCACUGAGUUGAUGCAAGCAUAAAGAAUAGACUUUGGAAAAUAAAUCCUGAUGUUGGCCUAAC